GACUGAGGAGAAACCUGUGGACAUGCGUGUGUGUGUGUGUGUGUGUGUAUGUGUGUGUAUGGAGCAGUAAAUCAUAAGAAACAUCAUCUGUUCAUACCUCAUUUGAAUAUCCUCAAGCAGGAAGAGUUUUGCAGACUGCGGGAUGUUCUCGUCGGUGAAGCCGUUUGAAGAGCAGCACUUCUCAGCCCUGAGGAACCAGUGCCAGCAGAACAGGACUCUGUUUGAAGACCCCGGCUUCCCCGCUGUGGACCAGUCGCUCUUCUAUCAUGGAAACCGCAUCGGAAAAGUCACCUGGAAGAGGCCGAAGGAGCUGUGUGAAGACCCGCACUUGUUUGUGAACGGGAUCAGCGCUCAUGACCUGCACCAGGGGCAGCUGGGAAACUGCUGGUUUGUGGCGGCCUGCUCCAGUCUGGCCUCCAGAGAUGCUCUGUGGCAGAAGACACUUGAUGGGCGAGUCCUCGGGAUCCCCGGCGUUCCUCCAGAACUGGCCGAUGGGCUCCAGCAGCUGUCUGGUCAUCAGGUUGGUCAGAUCGGGCGUCCAGAGCUGGCAGAUGCCGGUGACGGUGAAGCGUCCGGUUCCUCGCAGGCCGGUGUUCCAGCGGAGGAAGCUCAGGUCCUGUUGGCUGAAGUCCAGCCGGUAGACGGACUCGUGUGGCAGAAGAAGCCGCUCUCCGUCCUGCCGCUUCUGACCCUUCUGCUGCAGCGACUGCACCCUCAGACGCAUCACCUCCGCCAGCUGCAGGUCCUCAGCGAAGCUCAGUUAUGUGGAUGUUAUGAGGCUUUGGAUGGCGGGAACACGGCGGACGCUCUUGUGGAUUUCACUGGUGGAGUGUCUGAGCCCAUGGACCUGCUGGAGGGGAAGAUCAUCCAGGAGGAGGAGGCCAGAAAUCAGCUGUUCGAGCGCGUGCUGAAGGUCCACAGCAGAGGAGGCCUGAUCAGCUGCUCCAUCAGAGCCACGAGUCAGGCGGACAUGGAAGCCCGUUUAGACUGCGGUCUGGUCAAAGGUCACGCGUAUGCGGUGACUGAUGUGCGUAAAGUGCGUCUGGGCACCGGCCUGCUGGCGUUCUUCAAAUCAGAGAAGCUCUCCAUGAUCCGCAUGAGGAACCCUUGGGGUCAGAGGGAGUGGAACGGAGCGUGGAGCGACAGCUCAGAGGAGUGGAAGAGAGUGAGUAAGGGUGAGCGAGAGAGGUUGGGUGUAACUGUGGAAGAUGAUGGCGAGUUCUGGAUGGAUUUUGUGGAUUUCUGCAAGUAUUUCACAGACCUGAUUUUGUGCCGCUUGAUUAACACGUCGUACCUGAGCAUCCACAAGACCUGGGAGGAGGAAGUGAUGCGGGGUUCCUGGUGUCGCCACGAUGACCCUUUAAAGAACCGAUCAGGAGGCUGCAUCAACCGCAAAGCCACGUUCCUGCAGAACCCACAGUAUGUGUUCGAUGUGACGAAGCCAGAGGACGAGGUUCUGAUCUGCCUUCAGCAGCAGGACAAGAGAGCUCGAUCUAAAGAUGGCAUAGGAGACAAUGUGGCCAUCGGCUUUGACAUCCAAAGAGUGGAGCUCAACCGGACGUACCGCAUGCACGCCAUCCAGAAAACAGUGGGCAGCUCCAUCUACAUUAACUCCCGUUGCGUGUUUCUGCGCAAGGACCUGAAGGAGGGCCGCUAUGUCAUCGUUCCCACGACCUUUGACCCCGGCCUGCAGGGAGACUUCCUGUUGCGCAUCUUCACAGAUGUACCUGCUGCCUGCAAGGAGCUGACGACAGACGAGCCGCCUCACACCUGCUGGACAGGGUGCUGUGGGUAUCCCAAGCUGGUCUCACAGGUGCAUGUCCACAGAGCAGAUGGACUCCAGGCUCAGGACUCAGAUGGAGCGUCCGAUCCGUACGUCAUCAUCAGCUGUGAGGGAGAGAAGGUUCGCUCUCCGGUGCACAAAAACACACAGAGUCCGGACUUUGACGUGAAGGCCGUGUUCUACAGGAAGAAGUCGAAGGAGCCGAUCCGCGUUCAGAUCUACAACAAGAACCUUCUGAAGGACUCGUUCAUGGGUCAGGCGGUCCUGAGCGGCGAUCUGUCCGACCUGCAGCAGCUUCACACGCUUCGCCUGCGGGACAAAGCAAACCGGCAGAACAACGAUCUUCCAGGUCUGGUGUCAGUGAGCCUCACUACCAGCGACGUCCUGACCAACAUCUGAGCGCUUUUCAGCACGCUCUGUGUCUGUGAUUAAUCGUGGAGUACUUUAUGCACUUGACGUGUGCUGUAUUACACUUAUACUUACAUGCUCUUAAUUAGGGCUGGGGGGGAAAUCAAUGCAUCGCGAUUCGUGGAUAGAUUCUGAGAUUAUCGGAAUGCUUCGUGAUUCUCUCUGGAAUCGAUUCUGAGCUUAGUUUUUAACAGCAGAUGGCCAUCUAGGCUAGUUUUUAACCGCACACUCAAAUGCUCACGUAAGAGGUUACAUGUACUUGCACCUUGGCUUUUAGGCUUUUAUGACGUGAGAUUAAUGUAAACACAGCCCACUAUGAACACCCUUUAAUUCGCGUCAACCUUUUCAAACUGUAUGAAUGAUUAUUCUAUGUUGUCAGGAACUGGAAGCAAGCACAGUACGGCUGUUUCUAAAGCAUGCAGUGCCAUCUGCUGUUAGAAACUAAGCUCAGAACCGAUUCAAGAGAGAAUCGCGAUGCAUAAUCUCAGAAUUGAUGCAGAAUAAUUACUCGAUUCGUGAUGCAUCGAUUUAUUGUCCCAGCUCUACUCUUUAUCUCUUUGGAGUCCUUUGGGAAUGUUUCUUGCAAGCGAAUGUACUCGUUUACAAGCACUUUUUACAACCUAAAGAGACCGUUCUGCCAAAAAUGUAAUUCAAUCAUUUACUCGCCUUCGAGUUGUUUCGAUCUUCUGUUGAACAUAAAAGAAGGAAUUUUGAAGAUUGUUGUUAACCCACGGUAGCCACUGACUUUCAUAGUAG